AGGAAAUCAAAGGUGAAAGUAAAGUUUCAUAUCUGCCAUUUUAGCACACAAAAGGGACAUCGGAUUCAAAACAUAACUUUGAUUAAGUAAAUUAAAACUAGAUUUUUUUUUUUACUGCGUUAAACUAAAUUCAGAGGUAAGUUAAUGAGCGGAGGAAACAAUGCAUUCACUCUAAGACUAUAUAUGUAUAUGGAUUUCCUCUGAAUAGGUUCCAUUGCCUCGUGUUUGCGUAUGAGACAUCGAAUUCUUCUCCUCUAGUUGUGUUCAAGUACGAAAAAAAAACAUAUCACAAAUAGAUAGACUAGACAAAAAUGUCUAGACCACAAAGACUACGCUGAGUGUCCCAUAUCACAGCCCUCAAUCAUGAGUUCCUCACAGGAAACAGAGGAAGAUGAGGGUGGUGUGGAAAGCAGCCCCCAGUCUGAACAGUCAGCAGCAUCUCCUGCACCCAGCUCUCUUUCCAUGAAGAGUGACCAGUCAAUGGAUCAGCCCAUUCAUUUCAGAUAUAGAGCUUUGGAUGGAAAGUUUAGCCCCCAGUCUGAACAGUCAGCAGCAUCUCCACCACCCAGCUCUCUGUCCAUGAAGAGUGACCAGUCAAUGGAUCAGCCCAUUAAUUUCAGAUAUAGAGCUUUGGAUGGAAAGUUUAGGGCUAAGCAGAGGAAAAUGUCUGCCUUCACCUCAUACUCUCACUCUUCAUGGAGAGGUAUAACGGAUCACCCAGGUACCUUCUAUGGAAGGCCAUAUCACUGCCCCCAGUCUGAACAGUCAGCAGCAUCUCCAGCACCCAGCUCUCUGUCCAUGAAGAGUGACCAGUCAAUGGAUCAGCCCAUUAAUUUCAGAUAUAGAGCUUUGGAUGGAAAGUUUAGGGCUAAGCAGAGGAAAAUGUCUGCCUUCACCUCAUACUCUCACUCUUCAUGGAGAGGUAUAACGGAUCACCCAGGUACCUUCUAUGGAAGGCCAUAUCACUGCCCCCAGUCUGAACAGUCAGCAGCAUCUCCUGCACCCAGCUAUCUGUCCAUGAAGAGUGACCAGUCAAUGGAUCAGCCCAUUCAUUUCAGAUAUAGAGCUUUGGAUGGAAAGUUUAGCCCCCAGUCUGAACAGUCAGCAGCAUCUCCAGCACCCAGCUCUCUGUCCAUGAAGAGUGACCAGUCAAUGGAUCAGCCCAUUAAUUUCAGAUAUAGAGCUUUGGAUGGAAAGUUUAGGGCUAAGCAGAGGAAAAUGUCUGCCUUCACCUCAUACUCUCACUCUUCAUGGAGAGGUAUAACGGAUCACCCAGGUACCUUCUAUGGAAGGCCAUAUCACUGCCCCCAGUCUGAACAGUCAGCAGCAUCUCCUGCACCCAGCUAUCUGUCCAUGAAGAGUGACCAGUCAAUGGAUCAGCCCAUUCAUUUCAGAUAUAGAGCUUUGGAUGGAAAGUUUAGCCCCCAGUCUGAACAGUCAGCAGCAUCUCCAGCACCCAGCUCUCUGUCCAUGAAGAGUGACCAGUCAAUGGAUCAGCCCAUUAAUUUCAGAUAUAGAGCUUUGGAUGGAAAGUUUAGGGCUAAGCAGAGGAAAAUGUCUGCCUUCACCUCAUACUCUCACUCUUCAUGGAGAGGUAUAACGGAUCACCCAGGUACCUUCUAUGGAAGGCCAUAUCACUGGGCCCAGUCUGAGCAGUCAGCAGCAUCUCCUGCACCCAGCUAUCUGUCCAUGAAGAGUGACCAGUCAAUGGAUCAGCCCAUUCAUUUCAGAUAUAGAGCUUUGGAUGGAAAGUUUAGUGCACUGACAGCUAGUCUUCUGGCAGAGGACCACUUCAGAUGCUCAGUGUGCAAGGAGGUUCUCAACGAGCCGGUCUCCAUCCCCUGUGGACACAGUUUCUGCAGGCAGUGCAUUGAGACCUGUUGGAACAACCCAGUGAAGAAAAAAGUAUACGACUGUCCCGGGUGCCAACGGAGAUACAUAACAUGCCCCGUUCUCUUCACAAAUUUAACCUUGGAUAAGGUGAUCCAGAAACUCCAGCAGACAGGAUUUAAGGUCCCUGCACUUCCCCCUCACCGCUACGCUGGACCUGGAGAUGUGGCCUGUGAUCUCUGCACUGAGAAACAGCUCAGAGCUGUGAAGUUCUGUCUGACCUGCACUGCCUCUUACUGUGAGAGCCACGUUAGGCAGCAUUACACCGUAGCAGCACUGCAGAGACACACCCUGGUGGAUGUAACUGGAAACCUGGAUCAGAAACUCUGCAAUGAAGAACAACAGACUGCAUUAAGGCUGGAAGCUAAAUUGGAACAGAUGAAUACAGAGUUUGCUGAGGAAAAAACACAAAAAAAUAAACUGACGCAGAAUGUAAAGAAUCCAACCACUGAGUUAACCUGUUAUGCAAAGAGGUCAUCCAAAGAUUGGGCAACCGAAUGUUUUGUGCUGGCUGCCCUUGGUCGUCCCUUAGACCUUGGGAUGAUGUAUGACUGCUGCAGUGAUUGUCUUUCCUCAGAUGUCGGUCUAUGGGAUGAGAGCACAACAGCCAACAUGCGUCAGUCUCUGCCUCGGCCUCACACAGAGGUGAUGUGUAUUGAAAGAGACUCCCUACAGGACAGAUUCAGGGCUCUGGAUGUUUCCACUUCUCUAAGGGCCGGUGUCUUGUCUGGGCUGGUGGAGGUUGGUGGUGCUGCUGGAUACUUGAACCAUCCCGCCCAGUCCAAAAACAAGGACCGGGUCACUCUACAGUACAGAACCACUACCAGGCUGGACAUGCUCAGUCGCAGGGUAUUUGAAGAAACCGUUAAAAGGGAUUCAAAGGCAACACAUGUGGUGAUGGCUGUUCUCUAUGGAGCUCAAGCAUUCUUUAUCUUUGAUGACAAGCGUGUCAGUGGAGAGAAAAGGGCUGGUGGAGGAGAAGUCGAUAUGCGCAGUGUUAUCAAGAAGAUGGUGCCCUCCUUCAGUGCAGAUCAUAUGUUAUCCAGCUUGAGUGACAAUGAGAAAAUAAACAGUUUGUUGUAUCAGUGUACACUCCACAGUGAUGUAGACCAUAUCAAUGGCUCCAUGACUUAUGGCCAAGCAGUACAAGCUCUUGAAACUCUCCCGAAGCACCUUGGACAACAGGGAGAGAAAGCAGUGCCUCUGUAUGCCUGGCUCUAUCCUCUGAAGAAUCUGGACACUUCAGUUCAGAUCACUCAAGGCUUUCUCUCCGAGGCCGAGGACGUGGUGGAGCAUCUGAGGCAGGUCACCAUGAGAUGCCAGGACAUGAUGACAUUAUUACACGUCAACGAUGAUGUGAUGAAAUGGUUCCCCAGUGUGAAGGAAAAACUUGCAGAAUUUUCUGAGCUGCUGCAGAAGUACCAGUCCGAGUUUAAGAGAGGGCUAGCUAUGGCAGUAAAGACCGUGAGAGAGAGUGAAGAGAUGGAUGAAAAGAGGCUGAGAGACAUUCUCCAGAACCAUGACCAAUCACCAUUCUGUUCUCAGUACACACAUCAGUGGCUUAACAACAAAGAGGAGGAGAUAAAGGCGCUGCUUAUCUGCAAAGAAAAAAACAUCCCCAUUGGGAAGGAGGUCCAGGAGAAAGCAAAAAACAUCCAUCCCCACAGGGAGGGAGGUGCCGACCCCAAACAGGACGCUGUGCUUCACGCUCACCUCACUGGUUGGUGAAGAUCCAUACCUUUCCACCAUGAAGCAGUAUAUACAUUCUGCACUAGAGAUCACCACAAACCAAUCAGGGAUCAGCGGACAGCAGCAGACACAGCAUGCCUUCAAGCCUCCAGAUUUAACUGAAAAAAUACAGUCUGACCUCCACUUGUUCACCACAUCCAAUGAAGACAGAAGAGAUGGAGAGAAAUUCAAUUUUCUUGUUGCAGCUACACCAGAUGUCACCUUUCCUGGAUCCCGCAUUGGUCUGUAUCAAAAUGGUCGUCUUAUCGGCCGCAAUUUCAAGCUUGGAUCAAAGCCAAAUCCAGCCGAAGUAACAGAGAUAAAACAGAACAGCUUCAAUCUGAAAUUUCCUCAGUCAAAGGUCAUGAGUCCUGUGAAGUACAGAAUAGAGUAUACCGCAGAAGGUGAUGUUAAAUGGACUGUUGGAUAUUUACCAUCUGGUCCUGGAUCUGUGGGACUGGGUCCUGACCACUGUAACACUUGUAUGUUGCCUGGUUUGAAACCUGACACUAAAUACCAGGUUAGAUACAGUGCUGUGGACAGCUCUAGUAUGAGUGACUUCAGCAUGGUCACCAUUGUAAAGACAAACCCAAGGUCCACACCUGGACAGCCCUGUGUGAAACUGGUGGGAGAAAAUGUCAGAGUCACAUGGCGGAUAGCGGAAGAGGAAGAUGGCGUUCCCGUGCUACGUUAUGCUGUGGAGUUCAAAGAGGCAGGGCUUGAGGGCUGGUCCAGUGUAUCAACAACGGGGCCUGAAUGUAGAUGCACUUUAUCUCAGACCUCCAGUACUUGCUACCGAGUCAGAGUCUCUGCCGUCUAUGGAGAGGGAGACACAAGUAAACCCAGCACAGAAACAGACGUCCCUGUAAAGGUCUGGUCCAUAGACCUCUCACAAAGGAAAGCCUCCUUCCUCCUAGAAGUGCUGAAACUCCAACCAGAGAAGAAACCAGUAGAGCUGAAGGGUUGGUCAGACGAAGAGAGUGAAGUGAGGAGUUUCCUUCAGUGUCUGCCCUACAUCUCACAGCUGAGCUCAGCGUUCAACACAUUGACUGAACACCUCCCGCUGCAACUGGAUCCUGGGUGGGCUUCCCCCAGGUAGUAAGGGUUUGUCAACAACAACAACAACAACGCAGCCGUUAUCCAGUGUGUGCUCAGUCUGAGUGUCGCAGCAGCAGACCAUGACGCAAGGACAGGAUGGAGUUGGUCUAAGUUCCUAUCUCUGGUGUGGAGCUACAGUUCCUUCCCAUUUAAUAAAGAAGUUCAUCCUUCAGAUCAAUGUGACUUCCUUCUGGAUCUUUACUCGUGUGCAAAGGCAUCUGGAACUAAAAAGGGCAGGAGUCUCAUUCCAUUACUUUGGCCAGUUUACCAGU